AUCCUGUUUAUAUCCACAAAUAACAUUCCCACACUCUAGCCUCUCCCUGCUCUCUCUCUCCUGCUCUCUGGAGCUAUGCAUCGACAAUCACUAGGCUCGCCAGGAUCAAAUCAUCUCAAGUCUAAUGGAGUCAUCGCCGGACGAAGAGAAAGCCUCUCCGCAGCCGCUGUUCCGGCGGCGGAGUCAUCUCCCUCCACCUUCGACGCAGACGAAGGGCGCAAGUCGCUGAAGCGCCUCAGCAAGGCCGAGAGAUUCGUGCACCUCAUCCCCCUCCUCACCGUCCUCUGCUUCUUCAUCCUUUACAUCUCGUCUCACCGUCCAACUGAGAAUGAUUUAGCUCAGUUCAAAGGCUUCAAGCCGUUCCUGAAGCCUAUCGAAUCGGGAGACAUUCCUGCCGAUCUCCGGGGAGUUAUGAACAUGGAGAAGGGCGACAACGUCCUGGCGGUUCGGAACUUGAGGGAUCUCCGGGAGAUUGGCCGGAAGAGUUCGAAAAAUAUAUUACACCGGAAAAUCGCCGGUUUCUAGGCCUAUAAAUAUCAGCAUCCCCGUAUUUACAAUCUUCCGGUGUCUAUUUGUCUCAGGCCGGCUGGCAGAGAAACCCCGUGCGUCCGCUUGCCACCGACACAACGUUUAGUUUUACGCUCUUUACCAUACUUGUGACUCUUUUUUUAACCGCACAUUCUUUUUAGGGCUUUUUUUUUUGUAAAUGUGACGUUUUAAUUGAUAUUUUUAAUACAAAUCAUCAUAAAUAAAACUAAAAUAU